AUGAGGGAACUGUACAAAAUAACAAAACAACCGAGUAACUUCAAUACAGUUAUUAAAAGCAAAGACGGCAGACCACUAACAUCCUCUGAAGAACAGCUUGACAGAUGGAAAGAACACUUCAGCAACCUGCUUGGACCCAUAAGUGAACAAAAUUUCGACAACGACCAACCGGAGCCAACAAUCGAAAUGCCUAUCAACUGCAACACGCCAACGAAAACAGAAAUACAAAAGGCUAUUAAAACACCUAAGAACAAUAAGGCAGCCGGCCCCGAUAGCGUCCCUGCAGACCUCCUCAAAGCAGAUCCUAGAACAGCAGCAGACAUACUGCAUCCUCUAAUUACACGAGCUUGGGUAUCUAACAUCAUUCCAGAUGAAUGGAAACAGGGUCUCAUUAUUAAACUCCCUAAAAAAGGAGAUACCACUAACUGUGACAACUGGAGAGAUUUCGUCAAAGCUUUUGACAGUAUCCCCCAUGCGAUGGUAUGGAAAACUCUAAAAGAAAAAGGUAUUCCGGAAAAACUAAUUAAUAUAAUCAAGGAACUCUACAGAAACACAGAAUGCAAUGUGCUGCACAACGGCAGAACCAGCGAUAGUUUUAACUUAGGGAUAGGAGUAAAGCAGGGUUGCACAUUAUCGCCGCUUUUAUUUAAUAUCGUGCUUGACAGCGUUUUGACUAAAGCCACAGCAAACAUUAGGGGAAGUAAUGUUUGCUGUGGUAGGUGGAAGUAA